CGCUUCAUUUAGACACUUGCUUUUGAACGUUUACGACCUUGUUCAGUGGAUUUCGCUUCUCUCUUUUUAACUGCUUGUUGCAUAAAUUCGAUAUUUUGAAAGCCUCUGGAGCCGUCCUUGAUCUAAUAGCCCCCAAGGAGGGCGUGUAACGUCCUCGACAACUGGUGGAGGCAUGGGAUCGCCAAUCUGGCCACAGCGGCUACUUUCUCGCCUGCUUACUUGUUUGCUUCUCGUUUCAUUUGCGCAAGCAAUAUGGCCGUUCCCUCCGAAGAGGUUCAGCGGAAACGCUCUGCUAACCGCUGGCUCAAUGGGUGUUGAGACGGACGGUCGAGUCGUUGCUUUUGGAGACUUCAAUGGGGAUCAAUUGUAGCCUGGACCUUAUAACGUUGGGUUCCGACCAACAGACAUUUACGGUAUACUUAUGGGAACAUGAUGACUUUCACUUUACCAAGGCUGCCGUAUUUCGACACCCUCAGCGAGUAUACAAUGUCGUCCCAGGCGAUUUUACUCAGGACGGACGAUUGGAUAUCUUGGUUAUGAGCCAAUCACCCUCGUCGAACGAAAUUGAUAUCCAAGUAUACGUAGCUUCACCGGAAGGCGGCUUUGAUCUCAACCCCAUCCCUGCUCCACGUUCCGCUAAACCACAGCCUAUACCUAUGGACAUCAACGGCGACCUUCGAAUCGACCUAUUCGGAGUAACGCCGUCUUCGCCAUCCACAUUCAAGGUAUGGCAGAAUGUAUGGAAUGCAUCUCAAACUUCUGGUCCCUUGUUCGAGAUGGUGGACCCGAAAUUGAAUGGCGCUCAAUGCACACUGUCAGACCCCCACUUCAACGCUGCUGUUGACUUCAAUGGCGAUUGCCUUGCCGACAUAUUCCUUGUGUGCAACGAGCAGGGCAGCAACGACAAAUACUUCCAGAUCUGGGUAAACAACAAAGAUGAUGGCUUCGCAUUAGCUCAGUUGGGUCGCUUCCCAAAAGGUUUCCAGUCAGUAACAUUCAGCGACAUUGACCGAGAUGGAACCAUGGACAUGCUCUUCGUCACUUGCGAUUCUGUCUCCUCCACCACAGGUGUUGGCUCGAAUUGCGCGCUCAACAUCGCAUAUAACAAACAGCUUCCGCUGUGCAAGAGCUCAACGGCACCUAGUGUCAAGAAUGGGAAGAGGGUCUGCAGGCCGCCGACUAAUUUGUGCACUGCCGACGAUAACUUCCAAUACAAUCUGAGUGAAGGAAAUGAUAACCCAGAUUUCGUCAAAAUCCCAAUCUCCUCCAUCUUCCCAGCACCUUCGUCUUCAUCGACACCCCUUUCCCUUCUGGUCUCGGAUGUCACCCAUAAUCCUCCACUUCCUCUUCCCAUCAAACUUGGCGAUGCAAAUCAGGACGGGUUCCCCGACCUCCUCGCAAUCUUGGUAUCGGGAAGUGGAUCUAGCAUCCCGAAGACGCCGUACCUUGCAUACUCUGUUCCAUGCGGACGGGGCGUAGCGGGCUGUGAUGAUAAUGGUAAGGGACGAAGAGGUUGGAGUGUCUUGAAGAAAGGCGGUGAAGUGCUACGGGAAGUAAAGGACGCCAGAGGUAUCGCUGUCUUGGAUAUGGACGAAGAUGGAACGCUUGAUAUCAUGGUGCAACGGACGGGCGAUCAAGGACAAGGAAACGUCUUGUUUGUUCAGAACAACUUUUACUAUGAUGCGUUCUUCCUCAAAGCAAUUGUGCUAAACGGAGCAUGCGGCAGUGGGUUGUGCACAACACCAAGCGGAAGCCGUUAUCACCCAUACGGUGUCAGCUUCUCAGGAGCGACGUACAAAUAUACCGUUCUGGACACUUCAGGCCGUCGAUCGGCAGCUGCGGUGGCUCAACUUCCUCAGACGGCUUAUCAAUCCCUCUUAACGCCAUAUGCCUACUUCGGGCUUGGCCGGACGAACAACUACAUCGAGAACCUGUUUGUUGGGUCAACAAAGCACACUGCGCAGCAUUACAUUAACAUGGAAGGUGUCAUUCCUAACUCGAAAGUUGUCAUCAUCCCUGCAGUGGGCGAGGACGGUAUGUGGAAACGAGAACUCUAUCUAAGACCUGGAGAAUGGAUCGUCUGGGUUACUUUGACUGUGGUCGGUGCGAUGUUGGUGUUGGCUGUCAUCGUUGGCGUAUUACAUCUCAGUGAGAAGAGAGAGGACGAAAUGGAAAGAAGACGAGCUUCGCAUCAUAUCAAUUUCGACGCAUUGUAAUGGUACAUACAUACAUGGAUCCUGUUAAUAUAUUCUUUAUUUCCUAUACCCGCAAUUGAAACCGUCCGUUCCAUUCCAUGAUAACAGUUGUACAAAUCCGAUCUCGAUGACAACCCCUUAUUAUCGUACAAACAGCCACUGCCUGUCUUUCCCGUGGCCCCCACGCAGCCUCACACGUCCUUCGGUCUCCAGCUUCCGUAAAUGCAAAUCAACACUGUGCGCAGCAGGCUCCCAUAAAUUCUGCGGAUAAUCCUUGUAGAUUGUCCUGACAAUGUCCCACGUUGUCCACACCGUGUCUUUAUCUCGCAGCUGUUCGGCAGGAUUCGAAGCGAGGACCUUCACGAUCUGCUCCUCGCGCUGAACUCGAUGCUGCAAGUACAUCGCGAUCCGAUUCGCGCCCUCCUUCACCUCCGGACCGUGUGCGGGAUACAAGACAGUAUAAUGAUGUCCUCGAUAAAAGUCGAGGAGCUUUCGGAGACUCGACAUGUAUUCUCCAAGGUCCUCGAACACAGCAGUUCCUUGUCCGAGGAUUGUGUCUGCAGUGAAGAGUGCCUCAUCAGGCCGGAAGUAUAAGCAAAGAGAAUCGGGUGUGUGUCCGGGAGUGUGAAUAACGUGAAGAUGUGCAGGUUGUGAAUCUGAGGAUGUCACGGGAAGGUGUUGUCCUUCCUGCAGGUCAUGUAGGAGGUUGCCUGAUGGGUCAGGCGUUACAUCAUCAGCAGAAAUGGACUGUAGAACUUCGGUGAUGCCAUCAUCUGGGGUAUCCAAAGGGAUCUUGUGUACUCUGGGAGGAAUGAAUGGAAUAGAUGAAGACUCAGAGCUGCGC